GGUCGCAUAUCCGCCGUUUUAUUCGACUUUACCAAAUACCUACUUGACAACAACUAUCAAGCUGACACAAACUCGAGGCAGUGCUUAUCACCCACAAAACUCUUGCAGAAGGCGAGCCGCAGUAUGGAAUGUAUCCGGGCGUAUAAACUGCCCUCCGCCCCCUCCCCUCCCCCUUGUUUGAAAAAAUAAAAAAGGAUAAUAAAAAGAUUUCCCCCAGCAACAACUCUUACUCAUCCAACCAUGGAUAGCCACAGGCUUUGGGAUGUGCGACCUAUAGGCAGUAAGCGACCAAGUUCCACCUUAGCUCUCGAGGAUCGCGAGGUCAAGAAAUCACGUACGCAGCCACACGGCGACGAUGCAGGUGGCAAUAUUCCGGACAAUGAGUUGCCUCUACCCGUCUACGGGGGCUCGUCUUUCCUAACCAAAGAUGUCCGUUGUAGCAUCGGGAAUCGACUUAAUUAUGAUUCUGAAAGUCAGGUCGAUAUAUCUAUGGGUGAUGCCUCAACCUACGACGUCCCAACCCCAAGUAGAUCUUUCGAGCAAUCGCCUGCUUUCACGAGGAUUAGUAGCCUUUGGGAUUCCCAGGGAAGUCACUUUCAAGGACAUGCAAGCACACUAGACGUCCGCUCUGCAUCCCAAAGUGAGCAGUCAGUGUCCAGUGUAUUCCAAGCCAAUGAACCUCUGUCGCAAUACCAGGCUGAGUCACUCUCAACUGAAUCUGCGAAGGAUGCAUAUAGCGAUUAUGAUACAUGUUUCGGUGUUGUGCUAGCAGUACCCACAUCUUCAGUUUCACGGAAUAAUACAGCUCACUCUGUGCCUGUGAAUCUGAAGCCAUUUGGAGGUACUCUAAUGAUUUACGAGCAGAAUUCUAAUGCAUACGCUGGUAUCUUAAGCAACUGUCAGCUCGUAAAUGCACUUCGUCAAACCCACCUUAAACUAGAUGCCACGCUCUUCAUCUCGAAGGACGAGGACCUGGGAGGGAUAAACAAAACCAAAAUGAAGAAGAAUACCACAGCCAGAGCAGCCCGAGAAUACAGCAUACGCAUUGUAGUAUAUGGCCUGAUGAGUAAUAAGGAAGCCGCUGGAGACCUUCUUUCAGAUGCUGGUUGCUUUCUACAGCAACCCUAUGCCACGGAAGUCAUACCAGGGGUUCAAUAUGAUAAUCCCCAUUAUCUUGUUCGCCCUGGUUCUGAAAUGCCGAAACUUGAGAACCUGAGCCUAGGUAUGAGUCAAAUUAUUAUGACUUACCAUCAGUCUCAAAUCAUCCGACAUGUGAAGGAGCUUGUGCGCUGUUUCAAUAUAGUUAUCAACCUCCCGAGAAAUAUUACGCAUUUUUCGCUGGAAGUCAUCGUGAACAUCUUGGCAAAGGUUCUGCUUUUGCGCUACAGCAGACUCAUGUUCGGCGAUAACAUUGAGGGUGUUCCUCGUGUUGGUGAGAAUGCUCCGGGCGUGAUGAAGCUUGCCCCUAUGGUGGUGCAGGCGUUGCUCGUGCGAAAGAUCGAUCUUGAAUUUAUUAUAUGGAUUUGGUAUUGCUAUCUGUUGAUUCUACAGACAGGGGCGGAUGUUUAUGAAACAGAGUCUACUCACGAGGAGCUUGAAUAUUUGGGCAAAAGAGUCAAGAUAUUCUCUCCAAUUUCCAAGAGCUGCUUGAAGAUAUCGGAGGUUCAGGGCCAUUGGGUGCGGUGCCGAGUCUACAUUGAGGUCGAAAACUUCAGGGGGCUGGAUGAUGACCCAGGUUGGCUGCCUGGAAACCGCGGAGAACGUCUGGUGAAGAGCCGAGUGGCGACAGGACCAUGGGUCUUCUAA